AUGCCUCUCCUCCAGUCUCAGCCGGGCUCCAGCCCGCCAGCUGUGGCAAACCCACGAUGCCGCCGGAUCCUCUUCCUGGACGCCUACGACUCCUUCACCAACAACAUCGUGUCGCUGCUCAAGGAGGCGCUGGGCGACGAGGUGCUGGUGCACGUGCUGCACAUGGACCUCAAGACGCUGCACGCGGAUCCCAGCCCGGACUGGACGCCCGACGAGUUCCUGGCCCGGCUGCCGAGCUUCGACGCCGUCGUGUGCGGGCCCGGCCCGGGAUCGCCGCUGUGCGAGGCGGACGUCGGCGCCUUUCGGUUGCUGUGGGAGCUGCCCCGGGACAAAGCCGUCCCGGUGCUGGGUAUCUGUCUCGGGUUCCAGAGCCUGGUUGCGCAGUUUGGCGGAGGCAUCAGGAAGUUGAGGAGGGGAUUGCACGGGAUGGUGAGGCGAAUUGAGCAUCGGGACGGGGACAUCUUUGCGAAUGUGCCUGAGUUUAGGGCGACGCUGUAUCACAGCUUGUGUGCGGACGUGGGACAGGAUGAUGUUGCGCGGGAGAGGUGGGAGACGGACAUGUGGCUGUCGCCGAGGGGGGCGCCGGAUCUUGUUCCCCUUGCGUGGACGAUGGAAGACUAUGAGGAUGGAGGUGCUGAGCCGGAGAGGAUCUUGAUGGGGGUCAGACAUGCGAAGCUGCCCUUUUGGGGAGUCCAGUACCAUCCCGAGUCCAUCUGUACGGAUCCUGCGGCGCACGGGGUGCUGAAAAACUGGUUCAGUCAGGCGCUCAAAUGGAAUGAAUCAACGGGAAGGGAGAUCUUGCCGGUGGCUUCGCAAAGCAUUGCCGACAGCUUUGCUCCGUCCAUGAUUGUUGAGCGCAGCAUUGCUUCUCACACCCGAGUCGCCGCUCAGAAAUGGUGGAGGGACAUGCAAUCCGGCCUGGCUGCGUCGAGAACAGCUCCUGUCUACUCUUGCCGCCGCAUUACACUCCCAGACGGCGUCGAUGCCGCUGACGUUGCGGAAUUCCUGGGCGUGGGAGGUGCUGACUCCAUCAUGUUGGAUUCAUCGAGCACCAUCAGCGGCGAUCCCCUGGCUCGCAGCUCAAUCAUCGCGCUGGAAGUGGAAAAGGCUCUCCGGUUCGAAUAUCAUGUUGGGGAUAGCUGGGUGACGCUACGCCAGCCCGGGACAAGAGAUCAGGACGAGGUGUGCCAGAGAAUAGAAAUCGACAGUAGUGAUGAGCACGGCGCCUACGACGUCUGGAACGUUAUUUCUGAGUUUUGGCAGCAGCGCAAAAUAGCCGAAGAGGGUGGUCGAGAGACGGAGCCAGCUUUCAAGGGCGGCUUCAUGGGCUUCGUCACGUACGAAAUGGGACUGAGUUCGCUAAGCCCCGAAUCCAUCUCCAAGAACAGAGGCCAUCGCAGGCCAGAUCUCUGCUUUGCCUGGAUUUCCAAGAGUCUGAUUCUUGAUCACCAGGCUGGCGUGGCUUAUGUUCAAGCUCUUACACCAACUCCCGCUAAGUCAUGGAUCGACGAUGUGGUGGCUAAGCUGCAGGCUUCUCGCGCGUGGCAGCAGCCAGGAUACGGAUCAGAGGAGUACAAUUCGAUUGCGGCAAAGAGACAGCCCAACGAGGCAUUGCUGAAGAGCAUCCAAGAGCCCACGGGCAGAUUGCGCUUCAACACCUCCAAGCCAGCUAGAUAUGACGACGACGUCCGCCGGUGUCAAGAAGCCAUUGCCGAGGGCCAGUCCUACGAACUUUGUCUUACGGCGCAAACGACCAUGAUUCGCCCCCGUGGAAAUGAUGUGCCGCAUCAUCUACAACAGCCAGCGUCAACCAACGGCAGCACUAACAAUGGCACAUCUUCAUCUUCAUCUGAUGAAGAAUCCAGACACGGCACCCCCUGGCAAAUCUACCGCACCCUCCGAGCCCGCCAACCAGCCCCCUUUGGCUCCUUCAUCCGCCUUGCCGGCGCCACCAUCCUCAGCAGCUCUCCAGAGCGUUUCCUCGCCCACGACGCACAAGGCCUCUGCUCCAUGAGGCCUAUGAAGGGUACAGUUCGCAAGUCCGAGGCCGUAUCCACGCUGGCACAGGCCGAGAAGCUGCUACACAUCCCGAAAGAAGAGGCCGAGAAUCUCAUGAUUGUGGACUUGGUCCGGCACGACCUCUACGGCGUGUGCGGUGCCCGUCGCGUUACGGUGCCGGAUCUUCUCAAGGUGGAAGAGUACUCAAGCGUCUUUCAAAUGAUUACCGUCGUCAACGGCCAGCUGCCCUCUCAUAAUAACAAGAAUAGCAGCAGCAGGAAAUCGGCUCCCAACGGCCUCGACGUCCUCGCUGCCGCCCUCCCUCCCGGCAGCAUGACCGGUGCGCCCAAAAAGCGCAGCUGCGAGAUCCUCCACACCAUCGAGCCCACCGAGCGAAGCAUCUACUCGGGCGUGGUUGGAUUCCUCGACGCCCGCGGCCAGGGCGACUGGAGCGUCACCAUCAGGACAAUGUUCCGCUGGGACGAUGAACGAGCGCCGCCUGUAGAGGGAGAAGGAGAAAAUACGCAGCCGAGGGAGGUCUGGCGGAUUGGAGCCGGUGGUGCGGUUACGAUUCUGAGCACGCCGGAGGGAGAGACGGAGGAGAUGUUUACGAAGCUUUGCGGCCCGCUGGGCGUUUUUAAAGAUGUGGCAUAA